AUGAGCUCCCUCAAAUUCGUCGUGUCCUCGCUCGAGGCCAUCGCCUCGUCCAAGGAUGCCCAGCGCAACAAGCAGCUGGCCGAUUCCACCACAAAGGCCCUCGAUGCCAUCAAGGAGCAGGACCAGCUCCCCGACCCCGAGAUAGUCUUUGCUCCUCUGCAGCUGGCCUCGCGAUCUACCAAUGUUCAGCUUACCACGACUGCCCUCGACUGCAUCGGAAAGCUUAUUUCUUACUCAUACUUCUCCGUCCCGGGCAGCCCUCCCGAGGGAACCGAAGAGGGCGCCGAACCUGCUCCCCCCCUGAUCGAGCGAGCCAUCGAUACCAUCUGCAACUGUUUCCAGGGCGAGACGACUGCUGUCGAGAUUCAGCUACAGAUUGUCAAGUCCCUGCUUGCCGCUGUCCUCAAUGACAAGAUUGUCGUCCAUGGCGCUGGCCUCCUCAAGGCCGUGCGCCAAGUCUACAAUGUCUUUUUGCUGUCGCGGAGCACCGCCAACCAGCAGGUUGCACAGGGUACCUUGACGCAGAUGGUCGGUACCGUCUUUGAGCGUGUCAAGACGAGAUUGCACAUGAAGGAGGCCCGUCUGAACCUCGAGAACCUAAAGCAUGGCUCUAGCAAUGUCACCUUUGACCAGGCCGACUCGACCAACGGCGCCCACGAUGGCCAUGACCGCGACGACUCGCCCGCUACACCCGAGACUGCUUCCGCCUCUGUAGAGCCUUCGGAGAGCGCUGUUAAGCUCACCCUGAAGGAUCUCGAGCAUCGCAAGAGCUUUGACGACUCGAAUCUUGGAGAUGGACCUACCAUGGUUACCCGGCUGAAGCAUCAUAAGGAGACAGAUGCUUCAACCUCUGACCACACGGGACACGACUCUGGGUCAGUAGAGGAUGGCGAGGUGCUGGACGCCGAGGAUGAGGUCUACAUCCGCGAUGCUUACCUCGUCUUCCGAUCCUUCUGCAACCUGUCCACCAAGGUUCUCCCGCCCGAUCAGCUCUACGAUGUCCGCGGCCAGCCGAUGCGCUCCAAGCUCAUCUCCCUCCACCUCAUCCACACCCUCCUCAACAACAACAUUGCCGUCUUCACUUCGCCCUUGUGUACGAUUAAGAAUUCUAAAAGCAACGAACCCACGAGUUUCCUUCAAGCCAUCAAGUUCUACCUCUGUCUCAGCAUCACUCGCAAUGGCGCGAGCUCGGUCGACAGGAUAUUUAAUAAAGAAAUCGAGGUUUUCCUCAACGAGAUCUAUCUCGCCCUCCUGGCCCGAAAGACAGCCCCCCUAUCUCAAAAGCUUCAGUUCGUCACUGUGCUUAACCGACUCUGCGCCGACCCCAAGGCCUUGGUCGAAAUCUACCUUAAUUACGACUGCGAUCAGACCGUCGACAACAUUUAUCAGACGAUCAUCGAGGAUUUGUCCAAGUUCUCCACCACCCCUAUCACUAUCACGACUAUCCACGAGCAAGUGUAUGAAGAGAUGCGAGCAAAGACGAACCCUGCGAGUGAGUGGCAGCUCAAGGCGACUCUGCCGCCUCCUUUGACUGUUGCCCACAUCGCACCGCACCAGGAGCCUGAGCCCGACUACCCCAAGGAAUACGCCAUUAAGCGACUAUCAAUUGAGGCAUUGGUUGAGACUCUUCGGUCCUUGGUGAACUGGUCGGCACCGAUCCGGGGCGAUGCCGAACCCGCACGGAACGAAAAUACCGACAACAAGGCAUCGUUGGAUUACAUCAGACCGUCUAUCGACCCUAGCAUCAACGAUAGCUCCUCCCGUAUUGAGACGCCUCUUCCACCAUCUACUCCCAUACUCGAGGAUGACCCCGAUCAGCUGGAGAAGGAAAAGGCAAGGAAGACGGCCUUGACAAAUGCCAUCAGGCAGUUCAACUUCAAGCCGAAGAAGGGAAUCAAGCUGUUGCUCCGUGAUGGUUUCAUCGCAAGUGAAACCCCCAAGGACAUUGCCGAGUUCUUGUUGAAGGAAGACAAGCUCGACAAGGCCCAGAUUGGCGAGUACCUGGGUGAGGGUGACCAGUUCAACAUUGACACCAUGCAUGCCUUUGUCGACACAAUGGAGUUUGCUAAGCGACGCUUUGUCGAUGCCCUGCGCCAGUUCCUCCAGUCCUUCCGUCUGCCAGGUGAAGCACAGAAGAUUGAUCGCUUCAUGCUCAAGUUUGCCGAGCGUUAUGUCCUGGGCAACCCCAACGCCUUUGCCAACGCCGAUACUGCCUAUGUCCUUGCCUAUUCGGUCAUUCUCCUGAACACUGAUCUCCACAGUGUCAAGGUUGCCAAGCGCAUGAGCAAGGAGGAGUUUAUCAAGAACAAUCGCGGUAUUAACGACAACGCCGAUUUGCCCGAUGACUACCUCCUAGGCAUCUACGAUGAGAUUGCAGCCAACGAGAUUGUGCUCAAGAGUGAGCGCGAUGCGGCGGCGGCUGCUGGCAAUGCCCCAGCUCCAUCUGUUGGUAUUGCUGCGGGUCUUGGUCAGGCUCUGUCCAAUGUUGGCCGAGAUCUGCAAAGAGAAGCAUAUGUGCAGCAGUCGGAGGAGAUUGCCUUGCGCUCUGAGCAACUGUUCAAGAACUUGUUCAAGAGCCAGCGCCGGAACGCCACCAAGAGUGGCCCGAAGUACAUCGAAGCAACCUCAUUCAAGCAUGUUGGACCCAUGUUUGACGUGACCUGGAUGUCCAUCUUCUGGACCCUCUCAAGCCAGAUUCAGAAGUCUCACAACCUCGAGGUCAACAAGUUGUGCCUGGAGGGAAUGAAGCUGGCUACCAAGAUUGCCUGCCUCUUUGACCUUUCCACUCCCAGAGAGGCGUUCAUGUCUGCCUUGAAGAACGCCACCAACUUGAACAACCCGCAGGAAAUCCUGGCCAAGAACAUUGAGGCUCUCAAGGUCAUCCUCGAGCUGGGUCAGACAGAGGGUAAUGUUCUUAAAGAUUCUUGGAAGGACAUUUUGAUGUGUAUUAGCCAGUUGGAUCGACUGCAGCUUAUUUCAGGGGGUGUGGACGAGAGUGCUGUUCCUGAUGUAUCCAAGGCUCGUUUCUUGCCUCCGCAAAGGACAGAAACUUCAGACUCUCGUUCUUCGACCCAGUCCAAGCGGCCUCGGCAAAGGUCAGGCACCGCCGGAUCCAAGGGCUUCUCAACCGAGAUUGCGCUUGAGAGUCGCUCAGAUGAAGUGAUUCGCAGCGUUGACCGCAUCUUUACCAACACGGCAAACCUCACUGGUGAGGCCAUGGUUCAGUUCGCCAAGGCUUUGACUGAGGUCAGCUGGGAUGAGAUCAAGGUUUCAGGGUCCAACGACUCACCUCGAACAUAUAGCUUGCAGAAGAUUGUCGAGAUCAGCUACUACAACAUGGAUCGUGUGAGGUUCGAAUGGAGCAAUAUCUGGGACGUUUUUGGCGAGCACUUCAACCGAGUGGGAUGUCAUAACAACAUGAACAUUGUCUUCUUUGCCCUCGACUCGCUGCGACAGCUGUCGAUGCGCUUCAUGGAGAUUGAAGAGCUGGCGGGGUUCAAGUUCCAAAAGGACUUUUUGAAGCCCUUUGAGCAUGUGCUUGCCAACUCGCACAAUGUCACGGUCAAGGACAUGGUUCUACGAUGUCUGAUUCAGAUGAUCCAGGCCAGGGGAGAUAACAUCCGCUCAGGCUGGAGGACCAUGUUUGGUGUCUUUACGGUGGCGGCCCGUGAGCCAUACGAGAGCAUCGUCAACCUGGCAUACGAGAACGUCAACCAAGUGUACAAGACCAAGUUUGGUGUUGUCAUCUCUCAAGGCGCGUUUACCGACCUCAUUGUGUGCUUGACCGAGUUCUCCAAGAACCUCAAGUUCCAGAAGAAGAGUCUGGCAGCCCUGGAGCUGCUCAAGUCUCUGAUUCCUGCCAUGCUCAGGACACCCGAGUGCCCGUUGUCGCAAAAGUACAACAAGACGGCCGCUCCAGAGGGAGCCCCCAAGUCACCUGAGAUCAAGCGAUCCCGAUCAAAUACAUCGGUUGAGGAGGGCUACUGGUUCCCUGUACUCUUCGCCUUCCACGACGUCCUGAUGACGGGCGAGGACCUGGAGGUGCGUUCAAACGCUCUCGAGUACUUCUUUGAGACUUUGCUCAGAUAUGGCGGUGACUUCCCAUCCGAAUUCUGGGAUAUCCUGUGGCGACAGCAACUCUACCCCAUCUUCAUGGUGUUGAGAUCUCGACCAGAGAUGUCCAACGUUCUCAACCAUGAGGAACUUUCAGUUUGGUUGUCGACCACUAUGAUUCAAGCGCUCCGAAACAUGAUCACCUUGUUCACGCAUUACUUUGAUGCCUUGGAGUAUAUGUUGGACAGGUUCUUGGAGCUUCUGGCGCUCUGCAUCUGCCAAGAGAACGACACUAUCUCCCGGAUUGGAAGCAACUGCCUGCAGCAGCUGAUCUUGAAGAAUGUCACCAAGUUCAAGCCUCAGCACUGGAAUAAGCUUGUUGGUGCCUUCUGUGAGCUGUUUGAGCGAACAACGGCGUAUCAGCUAUUCACCGCCACAGCAAUCAACUCAACGGCGUCGAUAGAGCCCCCACCCAAUGGGCUCGAUUUCUCCAGCACUCCUCAAACCGAUGUUCCAGUGGAUGAGAAGUCGCUCAAGAUUAACGGCACCGAGGAGGCCGACGAUGAAUCGGCCGCGCCUCCGUUGUCUCCCGGACAUGCCGAGGAGGACUUGCGCACGCCGACAGCAGAGAACCACCAAGCUCCAUUGGAAGAGUUCAAGCCAUCAUCAAACCUUCAGCAACAGCCGAUUGUUGUGACGGCAGCUCGGCGACGAUUCUUCAACCGAAUCAUCUCCCGCUGCGUUCUUCAGCUCCUCAUGAUCGAGACAGUCAAUGAGUUGUUUAGCAACGACACCGUCUACACACAUAUCCCAUCGGCUGAGCUCCUGCGACUGAUGGCACUGCUCAAGCGAUCCUUCCAGUUCGCUCGCCGCUUCAACGAAGAUAAGGAGCUCCGAAUGAGGCUGUGGCGAGAGGGUUUUAUGAAGCAGCCCCCCAACCUUCUGAAGCAGGAGAGCGGGUCUGCUGCCACAUACAUCUCGAUCCUCUUCCGCAUGUUUGCGGAUAACGCACCGGAGCGACUGGAGAGCCGGCCUGACGUUGAGGCUGCUCUGGUACCUCUAUGCAAGGACAUUGUUCACAGCUACUCUACUUUGGAGGAUGAGAGCCAGCAUCGCAACAUCAUUGCCUGGCGGCCGGUUGUGGUUGAUGUUUUGGAGGGAUUUGCGACGUUCCCCGAGGACGCCUUCAAGACACACAUCCCCGACUUUUACCCUUUGGCGAUCGACUUGCUCAUCAAGGACCUCACUCCUGACUUGCGAGCGGCACUUUUGGUAGUGCUGCGCCGAGUCGGGGUGGUUGGUCUCGGAAUCGAGAGCAUGUCUCGAGCUGGUGACGAUCGACGAGAUAGCGUUGUGAGCCGGACUACGGAGGGCACAAUUGCAGAUCAUGAGGCGGACGCACGGAGGAUGCUGUAGGAGCGAGUCCCUCGGCGGCUGCUGACUGUGAAGGGGCGCGGGGCGUUGGAUGGAAUAUUAGAGAAUGUUGAUUUUUGAUGGCAUUUAUCUAGAUAACCCGAGACGGCGGUAGGCCGGUCUGGGGGGGUUUUGUAGUAUGACUUAUACCGGAUGUGACAAUAUAUGCAUGUUUUAUGUGGUUGAGUUUU